AGGAACCAGAAGUUGGGGGCGGGUUGAGCUCAUCGCAGAUAGUCGACGAACUGUGAAAUCGAAGUCUCCAGCACCUCGGAGAGAGAGAGAGAGAUGAGUGCGGCGGCGGCGGCGGCGACAACGGCGGGAUACCUGGCCCGGAGGGCGGCGCAGAAGCAGAGGGUCCGGAUUCUCUACAGGCGUGCCCUCAAGGACACUCUCAACUGGGCCGUUCACCGCCACCUCUUCUACCAAGACGCAUCUGAUUUGCGCGAGAGAUUCGAGGUCAACAAGAAUGUGGAGAGUCUCGAUGCAAUUGACAGGAUGAUUGCUGAAGGGGAAGCCACCUACAACAAGUGGCGGCACCCCGAUCCUUACAUUGUUCCUUGGGCUCCUGGUGGUUCCAAGUUCACUCGAAACCCUACGCCUCCUGAAGGGAUUGAGAUAAUUUAUGAUUAUGGGCGCGAGGAUAAUGACUGAAAGCAGUUACUUUUGAUUGUAAUGAAUAAAGGCAGAGAGACAGUCCGUGGAUACGGAGUAAAAUGCUAGUCUUGGCCAAACAUCUUGUCUCUGUUGCCAAAGUGAAGGCAAUUGCUGGCACUGAAUUUUCAGUUUCUUAAAAAUGUACGUUUGGCACUUCUAUGCAUGAAUAUUCCCAUCAUCAAAGAUUUGGUCUGAGAUGAACUUCUUUUGAUCAGUUUUAUGUAAAAAAAAAUCCCUAUUUUCUUUUUUUCGCUAUGACAUCUCUGAAAGUGGGACUUCGAUAAUGUUAUUUGCCUGAACCAUAGCUCGAUCUGUUUGGUUAAAUUGAGAAUCAAUGAGAAGAGAGAUAACGAGCAGGCAAUAAUGAA